CAGCGGCAGCCCAGUGAGAACACCCGCGCCGUCGCUGUAGACCUGCGCACAUUGGUCCAGUGCUUGUAUCAUUCAUUCGUGUCUUCUGUUGCUAUUGAUAAUGGCUGACGACGAAGGAGACAAAACUGUAGUCGUCGCGGAUGAUGUGGGCCACGCUUAUGGCGAGUGGUUCAAAAAAUACAUGCGUUUAUUUGGCAGGAGGUUCUUUGAGUGGUUCUUGGUGUACCUGUUUGGUUACUACAAUGUUAGUUUUGGGUGGCUCAUGGCUCCUCUGUUCUUCCUUGUCCUGAGGGAUAAGAGGGCCAAGGAAAAGCAAGUUAAAUUUGACAUUAUUCGAUCGAUCGCCAACACUGACGAGAAGGAUAUUCUGCAAGAGAUUCAGCGGUUCUCUAACCUGCCAUCAUGGGUGACAUUCCCGGACAUGGAGCGUGUGGAGUGGCUCAACAAGAUAAUCCGUCAGCUGUGGCCUUAUGCUGGUCAUUAUGUACAAGAUCUAUGCAAAUUUUCCAUUGAGCCCAGUAUGCGCACUGCAUUGGAAGAAUAUAAGCUAUAUGCCUUCAAAUUUGAGAAGAUAAUUCUUGGAGACACACCUCCCAGGUUUUCUGGUGUGAAGGUUUACGAUGACACUUCUCGCCAUGAAAUCAUCAUGGAUAUGGAUUUUGCGUAUGCUGGAGAUUGCAAGUUUGAAGUGAGCGUUUCCAAGUUCAAAAUGGGCAUCAAGGAUUUACAGAUCACUGGUAGGAUGAGAGUGGUGAUGAAGCCAUUGGUGAGACAGAUUCCUCUUGUGGGAGGCCUGCAAGUAUUUUUCCUGAAUAACCCAGAUGUGGACUUCAACCUCAUUGGUUUGGCUGAUGUAUUUGACAUGCCUGGAUUAAGUGAUAUCCUGAGAAGUAUUGUGAUAGAGCAGAUUGCUCACAUGAUGGUGCUGCCUAACAGGUACCCCAUUCAACUUGUCGAAGACAUAAAUACUGCAGAGCUAAAAUGCCCAACUCCAGCUGGUGUCCUCCGUAUUAAUGUUAUCGAGGCUCAUAAUCUGAUGAAGAAAGAUAUUGGCAUCAUGGGGAUGGGUAAGUCCGAUCCAUACUGCAUCCUGCGUUUGGGUGCCCAGAAGUUCCAGACCAAGACCAUCAACAACACUAUAAAUCCCAAAUGGGAUUUCUUCUGUGAGGCAUUAGCAAAUGUGAUUCGAAGGCAACAUGUGACAAUAGAGUGCUGGGACUAUGACUAUAGUCCUCUCAAGUCUUAUGAGAAUGAUGACUUUCUGGGCAGAGCCAAUCUGGAUGUUCAUGACAUUUGGAAGAGUGGAGAAGUGGACAUGUGGGUUCCACUCUCUGAUGCUACAUCAGGUCGUUUACACAUCCGAGCUGCUUGGCUAGACCUUCAUGACAGUAGUGCAUCUCUGGAGUUGCAACUGGAGGAAAUCCGUGCCCUGCAGGCCACAACCAAGAACCCUCUCCAUAGUGCUGUUCUCUUGGUCUGGGUCGACUCUGCCAAGAAACUGAAUCCAUCACACAAGAACAUCCCUGACCCAUUUGUGCGGCUACAUGUUGGCAACUUGCAGCAGGAAACCACUGUCCGUCAGCGAACAAACGACCCAGUGUUUGAAGAAGGGUUCACUUUCCUUGUGCGAAACCCUCGCACACAGGAGCUUAAGAUUGAGGUUAUUGAUCACAAGACAAGCCAAGUACAGGGUAAAAUUGAGUUGGACCUGAAUGUUUUGCUGAAGGAACGUAACCUGGAUGUUAAGAACGAAGAAUACCCCUUGAGUGGUGCCAGUGGUGGCCUGGCUGCGCUUAAACUUAACAUCACUCUCAGGAUUCUGAAGACGGCCCUUAAAAAAGAUGAUGGGGACGGUGGUCCAAAGGAAAAGGGUGAGGCAGAAAUAGAUUCCUCCACUCCUGCUGCCAUCUCUGAACCCCCUCCAUCCACUUUCCCAUCAGCAGUCCCAGAACCCCCCCUUGCUUCUGUCCCACCCACAGAAAUCCCAAGCAAUCCCGUUCCUGCUGCUGAUCCUGAGAAAAAAUCUGCUCCCAUAAAGGAGGAAGUUUCCUUGGCAGAAAAGAGUGAAGGCCCAGGAGUGGUUGCAGUUGCUGAUGUGCCAGUUAAACCAGAGAGCACAGUGAAUGAGCCUGCUGUGGUAGAGAGCAUUGAGGAGGUAAUGUCAUCAGCAGCAUCUCCUCUCAUGCAAAUGGGACCAUCUGCAACACCUGGUGAUGACACUGAUCUUAGACAGAGAACAAAUGCGGCUGGAAUUCACGGACUCGGCCGUAUUGAGCUGACUGUGAAGUUUGGGCCACGCAGCAACCUUGUUAUUGUUAUCCACCAGAUUACAAACUUGCCAGUUGAGGACGAUGGAGAGUUACCAGAUCCAUAUGUGAAAUUAUAUCUCCUUCCUGAUCGCUCUAAAGACAGUAAGCGUAAGACAGAUGUGAUCAAAGAUAGUUGCAACCCUAAAUAUGAUGAGAGGUUUGAGUACUCCAUUCCUUCCAAUGAGCUGACACGGCGUACUCUAGAAGUAAAUGUCGUCAACAAGAAGGGACUCUUAUUCCUACAGAGAUCCCCUAAAAUGGGACAGGUACACCUAGACUGUGGGCUUCUAGAUUCCAACAAGGUGACACAGUGGUAUGACAUUGCCCCAGCCAUGGAUGAAGAUGAUGAGUGAGGAAGGCGAAGUGUGCUGAGUCGAGUAGGAAGUUGGAGAGGUAGUCUACGAAGAAUAACCAAGUUGGCAGAUCUGGCCAAGAGUAAGAAGAAAAGGAAGAAAACUUAAGGGUUCUUAUUGCAGCAAGACACAAAUUUUAGUCAGAAUUUUUUUUAUGAAAUUAAUAUACAAAGUUGAGGGCCUUGUUCAGGUUAUCAGCUCUUAAUGUGAAUUGUUAUUUCGUGUUACAAUUAUGUUUGCUUUAUCAUGAUUGGUAAAAUAAUUACAGAUUCAAUAAAGAACCCAGAAUGAAAAAAUUUCAUGCUAGUUACUUAAAUUGCUUGAUAUACAUAAAAAUGAUUGUGAAGUAUAUUUGAGAUAAAAGUGCUUAAUAUAUAUAUUUUGGGGAUUAAGCAAAACCAUUUUAGUGCAGAAAGAAAUAUACUCCUACAAUUCCUGGAAUGAUGGAACACAUCCGGCCAGCACACUUCAUUACCUACUAAGAAUGGACACUCUUAAGGGGGAAACCACAAAGAAAGGGAGCAGGUAUCACAGUAAUUCUGUUGUGCUUACAGUAAACCUAACUUUUUUACCACCCUUUAAAACUGUUUACUGCAUAAAGAAAUUCAUUAUAUAGAUACUAUAUUAGUGUACCGGGUAACCUAAAAAUUUCUAAUAAUAGUGUUUAGGGAACUUAAUUAGUACCAAGUAUGUUAGUUUUUAAUAACUGAAAAACAAUUGUAAAUGUACUUUUAAAUAUAAAUUUUUGUUCUUUGUAUUUAAAGUUUAUAUGGUGUGGCCUUAAGUAGUGUUUUUCAAUCCAGGAUUGUUUUUGUCAUACUGUAGUCUACAGCACAAAGUAUUGUGCACAAAUAGUUAUGUUUAGAUACAGUGUAAUGCAUUUUAAGUUUACCCAGGUAUUGCAGACAUUCUUGUUUGCCAUGCAUAUUUUUAGUAGUCAAGAUUUUUUCUGCUUCUAGUAUGAAGCAAUACUCUACCAAAUGUGGCACAAAAAGAUUUUCUUGUUCAUACCUUAUGCCCCACGUUGAGGUUGUGUAUAGAACUUGGUGUGUAAAUUAAUUUUGUGUUCAAUCCUAGAGUAAGCAAUCUCAAUAUAUUAUACAAAUGUGCCAACUUGGUCUUUCUCAGGACAUUGUUUCUGAUAUUUUUAUAUUUCACUUAAUUAUUUAUCUAACAGGCUUUAAAAAAUAAUUUGAAUUUGGUGAAUUCCUUGUCAUGAUUUUCCUGUUUUUGACGAGUUUUGCUACAAAUAGCUACUGUAUGUGGUGUAUCUCUAAUAUUGAUGAAUGCCCACAUGUCAGUGAAGUAGUAGCUAAUCAAAAAUUCAUUUGCUAGUCUUGUUUGUUUUUUUCCAGAAAACUCAAAAUGGGCAUCAAUGUGAGCAUAUAUACAGUACUGUAAUUUGCAUAUUUAGGAAAGGCCUGAAACUUUGUGUUAGAUCCAUGGACAGAGGUGGGAAGUUUCAAAGGUUCACAUGAAAAAAAUAGUGAGCACAAUAAUUGAUACCCUAUAUUUUGGAGUAUGACCAUUAUAUUUUGUGUAUGCAGUGGUACCCCUUUGGCAAGAAACCUUUCAAAAUUAUCUACAUCAUGGAGACCAGGGGAUUGAACAUUUUGACAAUGUUAGGUGUUCAUUUUAGGGUGAACACAUGGUCAUUUAAAAUUAUUUCUGUGAACUCUUGAAAUACAAUGUAGUUCUUUUAACCCUUAGGCCCCGGGUGACGUUCCAGAACGUCCGCCUAUUUUCCCGCCAAAUUUUUUUUUUAAGCUUA